ACCACGACCGACGCGUCGGGCCAUACCGUCACCUAUAGUGAGAAGCGAUACAAAUGCGAUAAAUGCACGAAAACCUAUGGCCGCGACCGACACCUCAAACGGCACCAGAAGCGCCGACACGGCGUACGCGAGCCGUACAGGUGCUGGUGGAGUGGCUGCGAACGCCGGUACCCCAAAGAGUUCCGACUUAAGGCACACAUACGGGACUUACACCGCACGCGUGACUAUCCCUUCCGGUGCCGAUACGGUCAGUGCGAGCGGCGGUUUGAGUGCGAACGGCUGCUCAAUAUGCACCGGUUUAGAGCCCACGACGUGGACUACCCGUACCGGUGCCGUCGCGGGCUGUGCGGCGUUACCGACGGUUUGGUUGGUUACACAACAAUGAAUGCGCUGCGACAGCACGAGUUUGCAAAGCACUGUCCGUACAAAUGUCAUUACGAGCGUUGCGAUCGGGCGUACGAUGCGAUGGAAAAGUUACGGCAACACCGGCUCCGGUGUUGGUAUCGGUCGGCCGCGAAGGACAUGCCCUCCGCUUCCAACUGGUCCUACAGGUCCGAAGACAGGACUUAUGUGUGCAAUGAUUGCAGCGAAAGGUUUACCAAUUGGACAGAACUGAAGACCCAUAUGUCCCGUUCCCACAAAUGUGAUGAUAAGCGCGCGUCGGCCGCGCGGGACAGCCCAUCCACGGCCGCCGCCACCGCCGCCGCCCCGAUGUUCAACAAAUCCAAUAACGAUUCAACCGCCGAUGUAUUGCCAAUGAAUGACAUACCGGUGCCCAACGAUACUGACAACACGACCGGCACUUUCAUUAACGACAUACCGGUGCUCAUCACGGAAAGGGCCGAUCCAUCGCCCGUACGGCCUAUUCUGGACCCCUUAAAGCCGGUGCUGACGCCCAUACCUACUGACAGUGAACGCAGCGCUGAUAACACUAUAACUAACACUAUUAGCAAUGACUGUCCAAUGAGUGGCGAAGCGAGUGAUAAUCCGCCAUCGAGUGGCCACAGCGUUGAUAGCGCAGGCACUGGUCGUCCAACACAGGGCUCACAAUCGCAACCGCUAUACAAAUGCGAUGAAUGCGACCAACAAUUUCUGUUUGGACCCAAUCUGGCCGACCAUAAGGCCUGCGCCCACUCGACGACCCGCCAGUACGGCUACGUAUGCCAGCCGUGCGAACACGCGUUCGCCAAUCAAACGCUGUUGGAUAUACACGUGCGGGACAUACAUGUGAUGCUUAAAAACACUAAUAAUGACAACUCGUUUCACAAUAGUAUAUGUGCGCCGACACGACCGCCCAGUGCCGCCGCUGGCCAUCCGGUCACUUCCUAUCCGCCGAUUGUUGAUCUCGACAGCGAUUCCGCGCCUGAAGACUGCGCUUUCAGUGACGGGCCGUCCGACGGGUCCACCGAUGAUAACGCUGUCACCGAUACUACCGAUUCCGAGGAGAGCUCCGGCGAUGACAACACAUCCCUUGACAGCACAUCCCGUGACAGCACAUCCCAUGACAGGUUGCCCAUCACCACCAGUGCCGCCGCCGCCAUCAUUGAAAAUACUGUCACCAAUACUACCCGUGCCGUCGCUGAGCCAUCGCCGAAGCACUCGGCAAACGUAUGCCGCGAAUGCGAUCAAUCAUUCAAAAAGCUCGAAGACCUGAACCAACACAGACACGCUGUCCACUCCGUGCCGCCGCCGUACCGGUGCUCAGCCCAGGGAUGCGGCAAAAGUUAUUACACAAAGUGGCGGCUCAAGAGUCACUGUCGCGAACACAAAUCGCCCAACAAGUGUCAUCUGUGCUACAAGUGGUUACGGCGACCCCUGGAUCUCAUCCGACACAAUCACGCCGUUCACCACUUGCCGUUGCCCUACCCGUGCGAUUAUGACGGGUGCGAAAAACAAUUUAUUACUAAAACACAGUUAAUUUGGCACAAAUAUAACGCCAAUCACUUUACGGCUAACGAUCACGACAUGCGGUCAAGCGAUACGUCCACCGCCUCCUCAGUCCCAGUGGCCAACAGUGUGGCCAACAAUAAUGACUAUUGGCUAAUGGCUAUGACUAUUGGUUCGCUAUUAUUAUCACCGGCGGACACAACUCCUACGGCUGUCGAUGUGAUUCCCGGUGCCGACGAUACGAUGGCCAGUCAGGCGCCGCCGUUCGACACCACACCGCAGAUGACGGCAAACGACGGGUUAAAGUGCGACAAAUGCGACGAGUGUUUCGCUCAAGACACUGAUCUCAAUGAACACAAGCGCCACAUCCAUGACCACCACUAUCGGUGCGGUUAUAGCGAUUGCGACAAAACAUUUUCAACCCAAGACCUACUGAAUAGCCAUACAGUAGACGCCAAUCACACGCCGGACACUAACAUAGCGGCCGAUACAACACAGAUCGCCGAUGCGGUGAUCGCCGCUACACCGGAACCGUUACACCCGGUGUCUGACCUCUUAGAGCCGCCCAUACCUACCGAUAGUGACCUCAGCGCUGAUAACACUAUAACUAACACUAAUACUAUUAGCAAUGACCAUACAAUGAGUGUUAUGGAGAUAUCGGCGCCAAACAACACACUCACUAUCGACAUACCAGCCCUCCCGGUGCCCGCCCUAGCAGUCAGUCCGCAAUUGUUGGCUAAUUAUAUGAACGCCAGCAUUAGCUCAAUCGACACCACAUAUCAUAACACCGGCACUACUGGUCCUACACCGGGCUUACCGUCGCCUUUACGAGCCACGAGCCAAGUGUUGUUUACAUGCGAUGAAUGCGACCAAACAUUUAUAUUUCUGUCAAAUCUGGCCGAACAUAAGGCCUGUGCCCACGCGAUCACAUCGUCCGCCGUAACAAUAGAUAAAGCGAUGACCACUGGAAACACUGUCACCGAUACACCGACACAUGAAUCGGUGAAUCAAACACUGACCACUACUGGUGUCAACACUUUACCCGCACCUAAUAGCCGGGUGGAUAACAACGGUGCCGGUGAUACUACCAGCCGACCCGUUACUACCACUACCGCCGCCGUUGCGAACAAAUCGCCGCCGGUUCCCGCGCCGGCAUUCAUGUGCGACAAAUGUCACAAACGUUUCCAUUUUGAACGCAAUCUCAAACAACACGAACUCACAAUCCAUACAACCCAUAGCCGCCGGCCCGACACCCGUACCGCUCGUUCUCCAGUCACACCCAUAGUUAGUACGAGUGCGGCGAUCGACACCACGACCUCCGAUGCCGUUACUACUCCAUCGAUGGCCGCGAAGCUGGUCUACAACUGUGACAAAUGUCCCAAACGUUUUCAUUGGGGAAGUGAUCUCAAGAAACACAAACUCUCCGCCCAUAAUAACAUACCCCUCACCUACCGGUGCCGUUACGAGGGCUGCGCCAACGUCUACGCCACCAAAGCCUUGUUGUGUCAACACUUACGGGAGUUUCAAACUCAUCGUAUUAUGGAUAGUAAGCUAAUGGCCGGCACUUCCCGGGGCCGAAACGAGACCCGCCGUCCGAGAGCUUUAUUACGGGACAGUACUGUGUGUAGUGAGCAAAAGGCCAGCACCAGUACAAUCACUCAGUUGUUGGUCACAUCGAUAGUCGAC